AUGUCGCUGUUCCGCGCAAAGGAGUGGUGGUCCGCCUCAGUGGGCGAGGCCGACGAGGUCAUCACUGCAGCAGUUGGCAACUUCGACAACGAGCCGGAGCCGGCGUUGCUCAAGUUGGCCACUGGCUCGCUGAGCGGCAAACUUCGCGUGUACAGGCCGCGGCAGCGUGGGUACUCGCUCGAGGAUCUGCUACUCGAGGCUGCACUCGAGCUGCCCGUCCUGCAGCUGGCGGCGGGGAGGCUGACCGCCGACUCUACAAAACUCACGCUCGCAGUCCUCCAUCCGCGUGCGCUAUCAGUGUAUCGCCUCGUCGGCAGCGGCGGAGGCAGCGACGACGGCCCAUCGUACCACGCGCUCGAGUGCAUCUUCUCGCACGCUCUGGAACGACCGUCGUACAACUUGCUGGUUGGAACAGCCAGCGGCAGCGGCGACUUUGCAUGCGUCCAGUCGAUGGACG